GGGAGAGGAAGAGAGAGAGGGAGAGAGAGAGAGGGAGAGAGAGAGAGAGACACACACAUACACAGCGGAAUAUAAAGCACAUCUGCCUCUGAAGCCGGAGUCAGCGUUGAGACGCCUGGUUACUUCAAGCUCAAGGAAAUGCCUUGCGACGCGGCGUCGCUACUCUAGCCGCGGAGAUCUGAGUCUGGGAUUGAGACGCACCACGUUGCGGAGGAGGUUCGUCAAGCUUUCCGCGGCAGUUGUGCGCAGUGUGGGAAAGAUGCUCGGGCUGGGACAGCGGUUCAUUGCCGUUACCUCAACAAUCGUGUUCCUGCCAUGUGUGUUGUCCUUUAACGUGGACCAGAAGAAUGGUCUGUCAUUUAAUGGUCCAUUGGAGGACAUGUUUGGCUACUCUGUCCAGCAGUUUGAGAACAGCGAGGGUAAAUGGGUGCUGAUUGGUUCACCACUAUCGGGCCAACCAAGUAGAAGGACAGGAGAUGUCUACAAAUGCCCUGUAGGGAAGGCAAACAGCACCUGUGUCAAACUAGAGCUUCCUAAAAACACAACAAUCCCCAACUUACACGAAGUCAAGGAGAACAUGACCAUGGGAACCACACUAGUGACCAACCCUGAUGGAGGAUUUCUGGCCUGUGGUCCUCAGUAUGGCUACAUGUGUGGCCAGCAGCAGUACAUUUCAGGUGUCUGCGCUAACGUCAGCUCCUCCUUUGAGAUCCUCAACUCCAUAGCACCAGCCGUACAAGAAUGUGCUAAAGCUUUGGACAUUGUGAUAGUUCUGGAUGGAUCCAACAGUAUCUACCCGUGGUCCAGUAUCGUUGAGUUCCUAACAAAUUUCCUCAAGAACAUCGAGAUUGGACCCACACUCUCUCAGGUGGGCAUUGUUUCAUAUGGAGAAAAUGUGACUCACCGUGUCAACCUGAGCCAGUUUGACAACACACCUGACCUGUUAAAAAAGGUGAAACACCUGCCUCAGCAGACUGGAUUCAAAACCAUGACAGCUUUGGGCAUUGAUACAGCCAGGAGAGAGGCUUUCAUGGAGGAGCGUGGUGCACGGCCGGGGGUCAAGAAGGUCAUGGUUAUUGUGACAGAUGGAGAGUCCCAUGAUUUCUACAACUUGGACCAGGUCAUCAAGGAUUGUGAGGAUGAUGAAAUUGAGAGGUUUGGUAUUGCUGUUCUGGGAGACUACAAUCGUCAGAACAAAAGUUCAGAGGAUGUUCAGAAGUUCAUCAAAGAGAUUGAGUCAAUUUCCAGUAAACCAUUAGGAGAUCAUUUCUUCAAUGUAUCUGAUGAGGUGGCUCUGCUGACCAUAGUAGAUGCUCUAGGGAGCAGGAUCUUUGCCUUGGAAGCAACAUCUGGCAAUCAUACCUCAUCAUUUGAGAUGGAGAUGUCUCAGGCUGGGUUCAGUGCACAUACAUCCAAAGGAGGUGUGAUACUAGGAGCUGUGGGUGCAUAUGACUGGAACGGGACAGUCAUAAUGCAAACAGCUGGAGGAAUGAUGGUUGCUGAGAAGAACCAGUUUUAUGAUCCAAAGACUGAGGCAGGCUAUGAAAGACUGGCUGGAUACACUGGUUAUGAUGUUCAGUCAGCAUCCACCCGUAAUGGAGUGCUAUACAUCACGGGUGCGCCACGAUACAACCACACAGGCAGGGUUGUUAUCUACCGUCUGGAUGCUAAAAAUAAUAUCUUUAUUUCCCAAAUACUGAAAGGAGAACAGAUUGGCUCAUACUUUGGCAGUGUCCUGCAAACAGUUGAUGUUGAUAUGGACUCCUACACUGAUUUACUCUUGGUGGGCUCCCCUAUGUACAUGGGUGCAGAAAGGGAUGAACAGGGACAAGUCUAUGUUUACAAACUCAACCAGGAGGAUCAGUUUGAACACCAGUUCACUCUAAAACCUGUCAAUCAAUCCUGUUGUACCACCCACACCACAAGCUGCACCAAUAAGAAUGAACCAUGUGGUGCCCGAUUUGGCACAGCCAUUGCGGCAGUGUCCGACCUCAAUCUAGAUGGGUUUAAUGAUGUGGCAAUUGGUGCACCAUUUGAGAAUGACCAUCGGGGGGCUGUCUACAUCUAUCACGGUGCAGAGAGGUCGCUGAAAGAAAAAUUUGUACAGCGUAUCCCAGCUGGAGGGGAUGGCGAGAAGGUAAAAUUCUUUGGUCAGUCAAUCCACGGUGUCAUGGAUCUGAAUGGGGAUGGGAUCACUGACGUCACUAUAGGAGGACUAGGAGGAGCAUCAUUGUUCUGGUCCAGAGAUGUUGCGGAGCUUCAUGCGAACAUGACCUUUGAUCCUAUGAAAAUCAAUCUUCAGACGUUCACCUGUAAUCGCAAUGGACGCGACGGCGUGUGCGUGAAAACUAACGUGUGUUUCAGCUACACAGUUAAAUCUGACAAGCAAGACUCAAAUACCGUCACUGGCACAGAGAUUCGCUAUAAUCUGAUUUUGGAUGCUCUGCGUGCCAAAGCCAGGGGUAUGUUUCUUCUGCCAGAGGAUAAAACGGACCGUAGGAUUACCAAGCGUGUUUACAUUAGUGACACACUAUGUGUGACAGAGACCUUCAUGAUGUCAGUGAAACUUGACUUCAGGGACCCUCUCAUGGUCUCUCUAGAGUUUGGUCUGGCAGAGGAGGACAAGGGACCCGUUCUAGAUGGAAACCUGCCUACCUCCAUCAACAUGACCAUUCCCCUGGUAGACUGUGGGACUAACGAAAAGUGCAUCACUGAUCUCUCUCUCAAAGCAGAGCCUAGCAUAAACAGUACGGUGAUCAAAUCCAACAAGGAGAAGAUGAAUGUGUCCAUCACCAUCAAAAACAGAAAAGACAAUGCAUACAACACCAAGGUCACUACAACCUUCACACAGAACAUCAACUACGUUAAAGCAGAGCCGGACACCAUGGACUGCAGUCUCAACCAUACCAAAGUAGACUGUGCUGUUGGAUAUCCCUUCUUGGGGAAAAAUUUGGAGUAUAAAUUCAAGCUCAAGUUUGAAGUAAACCCAUUACAUAUUGAGAAGGAGAUUCAGAUCAACGUGACUGCAACAAGUGAUAGUGAGGAGUUGCCCUCGACCCUAGCGGACAACAUGGUGCAAAUUAAAAUCCCUGUGAAAUAUGAGGCUCAACUCACCUUCUCAGCGAACACUAAGGAUAACCACAUCAUAGUGAAAGAGGGCGAGCAGUUUCCUAGUGUCUUCAACCACACCAGUGUGAUUGGGGAAGAGGUCCAGGUUAGCUACACGGUGGAGCGGAAAGCAGGCAUGGUGACUCCUCCUCUGAAGCUAUGGGUGAAAUAUCCUGAUCUGUCUCCUAUGAAGAACAACCUACUGUACCUGACGCAAGUCACCGCCAGCCCACUAGUCAAAUGUGAAGCAGAAACUCUGAUCAACCCCAAAAAUGUCAACCCUGAAAACCUUUUGAAUCCCGCUCCAGUAAAAGAAACACUGAGUGUCUUCCUAGUGGACUGCAAUCAGCACCCAUGUGCAUCCUUUUACUGUGUUAUCCCCGAGGUCAUGUCCAGUCAGAUUAAUGUCACCUUCCGAGUGUGGAAACCCACCUUCAUCAAGGCAGAGUUUUCCAGUUUAUACAUGGUGGUCAAUGGCACUCUGCAGGCUGAGAGCGCCGAUCUUUUUAUGGUGGGCGACAUGAACAAAAACAGAAAUGUGAACAUCCAAGUAUCUAAGGAGUCUUUAGGAGGAAUCCCAAUAUGGAUUAUCAUUAUCAGCAUCCUGCUAGGACUGCUCAUCCUAGCACUGGUCAUCUUCAUUCUCUGGAAGAUGGGCUUCUUCAAGAGAAAAUCUUUGGAGGACAGGAAGGAGGACCUGAUGGACUGAGAUGCCCAGGUAGCCAGCAAUAAGCAGCUCCGUGGCAAACAACGAUUGUCAUCAGGUCACACAAACAAGGUGACAAGCAGAGACAAAAAUGGACAGUUGGACUGACAAGAGUUCAUGCCAUCGGACCCACAGCUUUCUCACUGUCAGCAUACAGUAAAAACCGUUAAAGUUAUUCUUAUUUACUGUUGUCUAUGCAGUCCUGAGUCAAAUGAUAUUCACAACUAUACUUUAAAUUUGUGUUAAUCUGCCUUGCGUAACAGAUAGGUGGAGUUCUCCUAGGAAACCAUGGAUAAAAUAUUUGACCUUCAUAUUCUCCACUUUGACAGAGCGAACUUUCUGGCAGUCACUAUCGGUAGUAAACACCAACAAUCUGCUAACAUAAGCAAGACAAAUACAAAGAAUUGUUUGUAAAUGCUACUUGACCCAGGUUUUUUUUUUUCAGUCAAACAAACCUCAACAUCAGGUCAAGCAGGGACAGUUAGAGAGGAGCAAGAAAUGAUGAGUAUAACUGUCUCCAAUACCAGCUUGGCCAGAUAUCAGUUGACCCAAAGUAGCACGUGGCUGUUGUACAAUCUCUUACGAAAGCUUUUUAAAUCUACCACAGCUAUAAUGCAAAAGUCUCAGGUUUUUCAGCAUUAAGUACCAAAAUCACUUAAACCACCUCACAUGCUUUAGUGUCAUUACAGCAGCACUCUCCAGUAGUCCACUUGCUUAAGAGAGAUGUGAACUAUGUGUGGGUUUGAGCAGUCUGUCUGCUACUGUAGUUUAAAAUCCUGUGUUAAAGGUUACAUGCUUGAUUCUUUGUAAUGAAACACUGUACAUUUUGGCAUUUUUUUUCCACAUUUUUGUCCUUCUUUGGUUUGCUUUUUUUUUUUAAUAAGUUUUAGCCUACCUGCAAUAUCAUUACACCUUACACCUAAUUCACAAUGUUGGCAUAAGACACUGAUGUGUGCACAAGAUUUUUUAUUUUCUUUUUUUAUAAAUAAAGGUGCAGUAUGUGUGGUUUUAUUUUGUGAUAUGUUUCAGUUGGUUAUCCCUAAGAGAAUAAAUUUAGCUCCUCUCUUGUGUGCAAAAUGUCUGUUAUUAUCAGUUUGGAUACUGGGGCUACAGAAAGCCAACAGACUGCACCUUUAAAAUGUUUUAUUUUGAUUGUACUGUAAAUGUAAGUAAAUGUUCAGAAAUGUAAAGCUUAAAAUGUACAUAUUGUUAUGUUUUCCAUAAUUCUUAUAAUUUAAAACACCUUAGAAUUUAGUGUGUAAUUCAAAAUCUUUUUGUUCCUUUUUUUUCCUUCUUUUUUCAUCAAGAGAGAGACCAUGAUUUAGCUCAGGUGAUACAAUUGUCAAGAAUGAGAAAUAAAUAGUAUUUCAGUGCUUAAUAAAACCAUUAGGCCUACUGCAGUUUUAAGAAGUGGUGCAAAUAUGUAAAUAUUGUUCUUAUAGUUUGAUAAAAAUCAGAACUAUGACUCUACCCAAAAUUUAUAUGAAGAUGGGUUUGUUUCCAUUAUUCUCAAAUCAGCUUUUUAUUAUUGUAGCUCCUUUAAAAAUAUUUUUUAUUUGAGUGAACUGAUGCUCAGCUUGAAAUAAGGCUGAAACCAAUGAGAUCCAUUUGUGUUGUGAAAUAUUAAGGCUUUAAGAUUAAUCAGAAGUGAUUUGAACGUUUCACAGCGAGGGUGAUUGCGCCCUUUCUAAUCUGCGAGUUCACAUAGGAAGAUUGCAAAACAUUUCCAUUUAAGAUAAUUGCUCACCAUUCACCAGCAGUUUUCACUAUAACCCUCUAGUAUGUGAAAUGCACCGGUAGAGGCUUAAUACAGACAAGCUACAGCAUGUACAUCUCACAGAGUACAAAUACAGAGAUAAAAAAGAAAGAAAAAUAACCCACUCCAUAUGUGGUACAAAGUACCUUAGGAAAGCUAAUCAUUGUUUUUUUUUUGUUUUUUUUUUCCAGUUUUUUGUUUUGUUUUUCAUAUUUUGCACAGCUACAUAUUAUGAAGGACUAGCAGGAUUAUAUUGUAUAUGGGGGAUACUGGGUCUCAACCCUCUCAUUUUCUUCCUUCUUUUCUCAUCAAUAUACAAUAUAUUUGUUGGAAAGGAAGAAAGAAGAGGAGUCCUCUUUUGAGUAUUUUUACGUCGACUCUCCUUUCCUAAUGCUGAUAAUCAAGCACAUGUAAUGAAAUGUAUGUACAGAAUGUGUGAUUUUGAGAAUAUAUAGUAUGGCUACACUGGGCUAAGAUGCACCACUGUGGGGUCACAAGUCUCACUUUGUUCUCUUGCGUUGAAAGAAAUGGUCUUGGUUGUAAUCUAUUAGAUGUUACCUUUAAUGUCUUUUGAAAAAAAAAGUCAAAAAACGAAAAAAAAGAAUGAGGCCUACAAUGAGAGUUGUGAGAUUCACCUUGAUCAUAUACACACUGCUGUGAAGUCUUCAUUGUAAUGCACUGGUUUGUCAGACUGCUUCUUCAUCAGCACAGAAACAAAGUAAAACUUAUGUGGAAAAAAUAAAGCCUUUAUGA